AUGGCCACCCAGGAAACCUUCUCCAAGCUCGAAGAAGAGCAGAUGGGCCCCCAAUACGACCUGGACGCCCAAGGGCGCCUCGUCAACUACUGCCUGCAGCUCGUCGCCUCCGACCGCGAGGCCGCCGACGCGGCCAAAGCCCCCGACGGAGGGCCCUCCGACCAGCAGCUCCCGCCCCUCAACCCGCUGCCCACCUCCAUGUCGGCGGCCGCCAGCGCAAUGGCCUCCAUCCACCAGGACAUCACAAACUACCUCUCGGCCACGCCGGCGUCCACCGUCAAGUACGGCGACGUGCAGGUGCACCUGGGGUGGAAGAUCACGAAGGCGGCGGACCUGGGCGCGUCGAUGGGCGAGAUCAAGAAGUUUGUCAAGUGGAAGGUGGAUGCGCACAAUAAGCAGGUGGCAAGGGACUCGGGCGUGGUGGAUGUGGCGCUGUCGUCGGAGGGGGAGAGCAGCGGGGAGGGGAGGAGGCGGUUUGAGGGCGCGGCGAUCAGUAAGAGGAAGAAGAAUGUGGGGGAGAAUAUCUCGAUGGGCUUGGAGGGGGGGUAUGCGAUGGGGGUGGAGAAUAGGAAGUGGGCGUUUUGGGGCCUGGGGGCGGCGGUGGUGGCGUACUUCUUCGCGGGGACGGUUGUUGAGAGCGUCGGCGAUGCUAUCGACGAUGUGGUUGAUUAUGUUGAAGACAUUGAUGCCGACACUUUCCUUCACCCUCUUCGCACAAUUGUUGGGACAGUAGUCAGCUUCUUCGGCGCCAUUAUCCAAGCAGUCAUCGCAGGCCCGGAAGCCAUCAUCUCAACAUCAAUUGCGGUCGCCGCACUCCUCACCAGCAUCGACCUCCAACAAUUCCUCACCGCCCUCCUCUUCCCCAUGACCCGCAUCGGGCCCGUCUCCCAUCCACUCUACUACGUCCUCCUCUCCGCCUAUGCCCUCCUCUUCACCUGGCACCUGCGCGAGGAGGACCUCAUGAUCCACGAACACCUCGCCGACAGCCCUCUGUUCUCGCAACUCUUCGCGCCAGGCUUCGUGGCCUACAUGUGUGCCCACCUCCUCACCUCCUCCCUCAGCCCCAUUUUAGGCGUCGAUGCAAUGUUGCUACACAGCGGCGAGUUCCUACGUGUUUUCGGCGAAGACGGGUUCCGCGCGAAGUUGGGACUGGCGGGGGGUCAGAGCCCGUGUGGGCUCGCGGAGACUUGCCCGAUGCACUACUUUGGCGGUGAAGGCGCGGAGGUGGAGUUGGCUAUGAAGGAUGAUGUGGGUACUGCUGUUACUCUAGUUACGAGGGCGAUGCUCGUGGGUGUGUUGGUGUGGGGCGGGCUGGAUCGGUGGUGGGCGAGGCGCGAGAUUCGGGGCGCGAGGGUUUAA